UGAAUUUCAAACGAGAACGUUGUCUGUUAAUUUAAAAAUCUUUUCAAGAUUCUCAACAACUGUGCAAUCCUCUAAGAAAUCCAGAUAAAAAAGAAUUAAGUGAAAUUUAGAAAUCAAAUUUUUUAAAUUGAGAUUUAUUUGAAAAAUAACAAUUUUUAGAAUAUCCUGGAAUAUUUGAGUAAAAGUGAAAACAAGUCAUAAAGAAAGAUUUUUGCGAGAUUUCACAUAGCAAUCCAGAAAAAGGGUGUAACAGAGGAAUACACAACAAAGGUAACAACAACAACAACACAUCGAAGCAAAAAGCAAGCGCAAAAAAUAAAAAGAAAAUCGUCACCAUUGCUCCGCUACCGAUUAUCAACUCCAUCAACAACACCAUGAACGGCCAGGGCUAUGAAUUGAAUCAUACAAAUGGCGAUAUCAUCUCACAGAACCAACAGAAGGGUUGGUGGACCAUUGGUCUCAUCAAUGGCCAGCAUCGUUAUAUGACAGCGGAAACCUUUGGCUACAAGUUGAAUGCCAAUGGGGCCAGUCUAAAGAAGAAACAAUUGUGGACACUGGAGCCAUCGAAUACAGGUGAAAGUAUCAUCUAUUUAAGAUCUCAUCUCAAUAAAUAUCUCUCCGUUGAUUCCUUUGGCAAUGUACUCUGCGAAAGUGAUGAACGUGAUGCUGGCAGUCGGUUUCAAAUCAGCAUCGCUGAAGAUGGCACUGGGCGUUGGGCAUUGAAAAAUGAAUCGCGUGGCUAUUUCUUGGGUGGCACUCCCGAUAAGUUGGAGUGCACAGCUAAGGCACCAAAUAAUCCUGAAUUUUGGACUGUCCAUUUGGCUGCAAGACCUCAAGUGAAUUUGCGGUCCAUAGGUCGCAAACGUUUUGCUCAUUUGUCAGAGUCUCAGGAUGAGAUUCAUGUCGAUUCAAACAUUCCCUGGGGUGAGGACACCCUGUUCACACUGGAAUUCCGUCAAGAGGAGGGCGGCCGUUACGCUUUGCAUACAUGUAACAAUAAAUAUUUAAAUGCCAAUGGAAAAUUGCAGACUGCCUGCAAUGAGGAUUGUUUAUUUAGUGCUGAAUAUCAUGGUGGUCAUUUGGCUUUGAGGGACAGACAAGGUCAAUACCUCUCACCCAUUGGCUCCAAGGCUGUGCUUAAGUCUCGCUCAUCCACUGUGACCCGUGAUGAACUCUUCUCCUUGGAGGAUUCACUGCCUCAAGCUUCCUUCAUUGCCGCCAUGAAUUUGCGUUAUGUCUCUGUCAAACAGGGUGUAGAUGUCACUGCCAAUCAGGAUGAAAUCGGUGAAAAUGAAACCUUCCAAUUGGAAUUUGAUUGGUCUGCCCAUCGUUGGGCCUUGCGCACCACCCAAGAUCGUUAUUGGAGCUUAACUGCUGGUGGUGGCAUUCAGGCCACUGGUAAUAGACGUUGUGCCGAUGCUCUGUUUGAAUUGAUCUGGCAUGGUGAUGGCUCUUUGUCAUUCCGUGCUAAUAAUGGAAAAUUUUUGGCUACAAAACGUUCGGGUCAUUUGUUUGCUACCUCCGAGAGUAUUGAGGACAUAACGAAAUUCUAUUUCUAUUUGAUAAAUAGACCCAUUUUGGUACUUAAAUGCGAACAAGGUUUUGUUGGCUACCGCCAGCCAGGCAAUACUAAGCUUGAAUGCAACAAAGCCACCUACGAAACCAUACUGGUGGAGAGAGCCCAAAAGGGACUGGUCUAUUUCAAGGGACACGGUGGCAAAUAUUGGCGCAUAGAUGGUGAGGGUAUAUCCGUGGAUUCGGAUGCACCUGCAGAUGGUUUCUAUUUGGAAUUGCGGGAACCCACAAGAAUUUGUAUUAGAUCCGAGAAUGGCAAAUAUUUGGGUGCAACCAAAAAUGGAGCUUUCAAACUUUUGGAAGAUGGCAAUGAUGUAGCCACACAAUGGGAAUUCUAAAUGCCUCCUAGCAAUGAUUUAUAUCAAGCUGCAUGGCAAGCCUAAAAUUAAGUGUUUUUAGAGAUUCUCAUUUCCUUUUUUUAGUUUAUCCUAAAGACUUUAUCCUUCACCAAACAACAAAGAGAGAGAGAAAAAAUAUGAGAUUUUUUUUAAAAUGUAUGAUUAUUUAUUGAAAUUAAGCAUGAUAACAAAAAAGACGAUUAUUGUACUAGGAGAUGAACUUGAAUGAAUCAAUAACUUUUUUUUUGUUUAUUUUUGAAUAAUUUACAUCUAAUGUAUAACAUAAAAAGGCAUAAAUAUUCCCUUACAAACACGGAAUGAAACGAAUUAUAUAAAAAACCAACACAUAUAUAAAAUGAAGAGAAAGAAAUCACUUUAAUUUAUGAAAACAAAAAAGAAAAUAAUAAAAAAAAAAAAAAAUAAAAUUCAAACUAUAUAAAUAUAUAUAUUUUCUAGUGGAGAAAUUUUGAAAUAUUUUUUCCAUGUCAUUAGAAAAGAAAAGCGGAAGUUUUUGCUGAAAUCUUUAUAAACAAAUGAGAAACGAGAAAAAAACACAGUAUAAUGGAUUUAUAAUAAAACACUUAUAUCUAUAUUAGAAACAAAGGAGAACAAAUACAACUAAAUUCUUAUACAAACAAAUAUGAGAAAACUAAGGACAAAUUCAAUAUGAGAGAGAUUAUGUUAUUGCUAGAUUUUAUUACAUUUUUUAUAAUGUGGUGUAUUUUGAAAUUCUAGUUCGCUUUUUUUUUUAAGAACAUAAAAGAUAAAAAAGAAAAGAUUCAAUGCUUCAGGUCGUUCAUUCAUGGUCUUUACAUUGAUUGCUUCUAUAUAAAACUGAAAAUUAUAAAAAAAUCAUUAAUAAUCCUUGACCUCAUGGCAGUUUUGUUCCAGCAAAAUGUAUGUACAAAAAGUUGAUGAGUAUUUCGCCUAAAACUAUGCUUAAAUUUAAGACGUUCGAAAUAUAAGUUCGAAUUUCAUAUGCAAAAUAGUUCCAAUUCAUUUAAAAAGUUUUCGCUCAAUACCGCUGAUUGUCUACGACUGCCGUUGCAGCAACUACGGGUGGAGUAUUCCACUAUAUGCAACCUGUAGACGCGCCCGGUAGCUCGCAGCAAAGCUUCUCGUGACAGCAAUGAAAAUUACUUUGUGAUGGGAUUUAUGCAUUUGUCCGUCUAUCUGUCUAUCCGUGUUAUUUUGUGAUAAAAGUAAAUAUAAAUUUUUAUCCGAGCAUCUUUAAUUUUUGAAACAGACGUUUUUGUAGCCCAAGGCCGAUGACUGAGGAUCAGUCGGUUCAAAUUAAGAUAUAGCUUACAUUAUUACGUUCGUCCGAUUUGGACUAAUAUGGGAUAAAUGUGGUCAAAUGUUAAUAUUUCCUAAAUAAAUUAUGUUGGAAACUCUUUUCAUUAUUCUCAUUACUGAUAAUACUUCAUAGAAAUCGGUUUAUAUUUAGAUAUAGCUUCCAUAUAUAUCUAUGUAACGCUCUUUUUUUAACUUCUACUUCAUUUAUAAGCGGAUUUGCUUAAAAUUUGUAUUAUGUUUUCUUUUACGACUACCACUAGGGCUAUGCAACUAGGUGGAAACUAUUGCAAAGUUGGAUGUAGCUUCUAUAUAACUACAAGUUUUGCUGGAUUCACUCUUAGGCACGGAUGUAAUAGCUACUUCUUACUAACGACUGACCCGGGUGCUGAAAAUGGGUAAAGAGUUCCAGCAAGGAUAAGAUAAUUAGUACUGGGUUCUUUCAGAAGUAGGUACUUUUCGAACCAGAUACUUUUAGUAUUGCGUACUUUUAGUAUUAGGUACUUUUAGUACUAGGUGCUCUUAGUACUUUUUGAACUAGGUACUUUAAGUACUAUGUAUUUUUGGUACUAGGUAGUUUACGAACUAGCUAUUUUUGGUACUAGAUACUGUUCGUAGUUGGCAUUUUUCGAAUUAAGUACUUUUAUUAGUAAGUACUCUAAGUAAUAGGUUCUAUUAGUGCUAGGAGCUUUUAGUACUAUAUACUUUUAGUACUAUGUACUUUUAGUGCUAUGUGCUUUUAGUACUAUGUACUUUUAGUACUAUGUACUUUUAGUACUAUGUACUUUUAGUACUAUGUACUUUUAGUCCUAUGUCCAUUUAGUAGUAUGUACUUUAAGUACUAGGUUCUAUUAAUUUUAGUACUAGGUACUUUAAGUGCUAAAUACUUUUCGAACUAGGUUCUUUUAGUACUAGGUACUUUUAGAACUUGGUAAUUAAAGUUCCUAGUACUAAAAGAACCAAGUUCGAAAAAUACUUAGUUCUAUGUUCUUUUAAUACUGCUUUUAGACCCAGGAACUUUUCGUACUGGCUAUUUUUAUUACUACGUACUUUUAGUACUACUACGUACUUUUAGUACGACGAAGUACUUAAAAUACGUAGUUUCACGUACUUUAAGUACUAGGUACAUAAGAAGUUGAAGCCCAAUAUAGCGAAAAAAGGGAGUGUCCCAAGACGGUGUCAUAUCUCUGGCACUGUGUAGUAUAAACUUUACCUAUCAUCUAUUGCGCCCCCUCCAGACGUUAUCGAGAUAUGCGGAUACGGAUCAUGUACGAUCAUCUCUUUGGGUACCAGCGUUGGAGAUAUCUUCCACAGGUUAAACGUGCCUCAAAAAUCUUGGAGCAUGUAACAUAGCAAGAAUUUUGAAGAUAUCCGGAAGAUAUACAUGGAAGUACUUCGGUAGAUGGGUGUUAAAAUCAAAAGCGUUACAAUUCUGACAACCAAUUAUCCCAAUACACUUGGUGUCUCAUUGGACUACUUUCGCAGGUUCUCUGCAGAUCCUACAUAUGCACUUUGUGAGAAAGUCGGUAAUAGAAACAGGGUCCUCAAAUCACUUGUCGUUACCACGUGAGGUGCUUACAAGGGAACCUUUUUGACUAUAUGUAAAGUAAUUGGCCGUCAAGUGGUGAACUAGAAAGCACCAGUGCGGACUUGCCAGCUCAGCGAAACUCAAUGGAAUAAAAUUCAGAUCUGAAAUAAAGUUCAGGCAUGCUCUACGAACAACUAUUGUCCAUCAAGAGACAAGGAUCCUUUUCGUGCGAAGACGGACUUACUAAGCAAUGUACUCUAGCAUCAAGAAGGUUGCAUUUGAUGCUCAUAUUGUCUCCACCAGCCAACAUAUUCAACCGGGGGGUUUUGCAAGAUAUAUUCAUUUACAGGUGUGGCAGUUGCCCAACAACAAAAUUUUGAGUGCACUUUCGAAAUCAGUGAUUAGUGAAACCUCAGGGUUUUGUGUAUGUUACUUGUUCGCGCCAUAUUUCGUUGUGUGUGUGUGGUACGGUUCUUAACUAUAAUACUCACACACAACCACAACUCACUUGUUGACAAAUAGUGCACUCGCGAGAAAAAAUUUUACUCAGCUAUUUACGGCACACUACCUGGUAAUUAUGUCAUGGGUUUUUGUGGUAGAGUGGCCCCUACAUUCGUAUCGCCAAUUUUGGACGAUAGUUAUGUACACUACUCCCGUAUGCCUUUCGUUGACACCCACUGUCCUGAACGGUUUAUACGGUUUUUGGAUUACUGCAAAGGUAUCGACCCCCGAGCGUAUAGAGUGCUAAGAGUCUUCAACUUUCUGCACGUCCGCUCGGGCGUUUUUUUUUUAUCUUCCGGGGUAGAGUUUGCCCUUCUUUAACCACUUCAGAUGUAGACCAAUCCCGCAUAAUCUGUGAAAAUUUCUAGCAAUACUUUCAAAUCAGUCUCAAGUCCUAAAGAAAACGCACAGAAUUUUAUAUAUAUAAAACAAACAUUUUGUAUUUUUACACGCAAACAAAAAAUAUAUGAAACUAAACAAUCAUAUACUACAAUGAAAAACUAAAACAAA